AACCCAGCAGUAUAUCUUUAAUUAAUAUUUCUUCACCUACUUUACUUGAUCCUGAAUUUCAAAAAUCAUUUCUUGUAACUAAAAACAAAAGAAAAAAAAUGAAAGCUAUAAUUAGAGAACAACCUGAUAUUGAUAUAGUUCUUGAGAUUUUAAAUAUCUCCAAUAAUGAAGAAGUUGCAGAAAUAGAGCCCAAUAGUGAUGAUGAGGAAACCAUAAUAGACUAUUCUGCUUCUGAUAUUGAAAACGAAGAUAAAGAAGAAUUUGAAUAUAUUGAUAAUCUUGACAAUAGCUUUG